AUGGAGAGCUUCGCGUCCGCUUCAGUGGGACCGCCACAACUCCCUAACCACGACUCGAUGGUCACAGUGGCCUUGUCCGAUAAUCUGUCCAACUCAGAGCAUACACAACCAGAAUGGCGAAGUCUCAACAUUCCACCCACGCCAGUCGAGUCACAUAGCCCUGGGACCCUGCAGGACCAAACCGAGUCCUUCGGCCCCAAGGUGCUUCUGGAUGCUGCCAAAACCACCCCAAUCCCCACAGACGAAUUGUCCUCGCCCACCACCCAGGAUGACAAUGCCGGAACGCUCGAUUUGCAUGACGAGGGAUUCAAGAGUGAAGGGGAUUGGACUGACUUGGACCGGACCGAGGAACAAGAGCCGCGUGGAGAGGGAUCGGACGAUUCUACGGCUCUUUUGCUGGCACGUCUCGAACAAGAGAACAAUGCACUGGCUACGAAUCCCAAAUCCGCAUUGUCCAAUGCGCCCCGCAACCAGCGAACACAUCAACGACAAUCACGUUCCGAGUCGCUCUUCCAAAUCCAAAAACUCAUCAAUGAACCUACACGAUCGGAACUGCGGUACUCGCAACUUCAACCGCCUCCAAUGACCGAGCUAGAAUUCUGGGCCGCCCUGGUGGCUGAUUACCCCCAGACCGCACAGCGACUCCCAACGCUGACCUCGAAUAAGAUCCAGCAAGGUGUGCCUCCACCUCUGCGAGGUGUGGUGUGGCCGAGCCUGGCGGGUGCGCGCGAUCCCAUUUUAGUCGAAGAGUUCCAGCGAUUAAGUGGCGAAAGCAGCCCUUACGAUGGACUGAUUGGAAAAGAUAUUGGUCGCAGUUUCCCCAACGUGGAGAUGUUCCGUGAUCCUAACGGAGAGGGCCAGCGCAUGCUGGCGCGAGUCUUACGAUGCUUCAGCCUGUAUGAUUCGCAAAUCGGGUACUGUCAGGGAUUGGGCUUUGUGGUUGGCCCACUUUUGAUGCACAUGUCGGACGUAGAGGCGUUUUGUGUGUUGGUGCGGCUCAUGGACCACUACAACCUUCGAACAUGCUACCUCCCAGAUUUGUCAGGCCUCCACCUCCACGUGUAUCAAUUCCAGAACCUUUUGGCACGUCUGCGUCCAGCGCUGUUCCAACACCUCGAGGUGUUGGGAGUCGAGCCGGUCUACGUAUCGCAAUGGUUCCUGUCCUUCUUCGCAGUGGCUUGUCCUCUCCCAAUGCUUCUCCGCAUUUACGAUGUCAUCUUCCUUGAAGGUGCCUGUGAGACUCUGAUGCGAGUCGCACUCUCUCUGAUGCAACGCAACGAGAAACGGAUCAUGGCCUGUACCGAGUUUGAGGACGUUAUGCAAUUGCUGCUGUCACGCAGCCUGUGGGACACAUAUGCAUUCAAUGCGGACGAUCUUGUGAACGACUUUGUCUCCCUAACGUCUCUCGUCACUCACGAGAGUCUUCAAGCCCUUGAAGUCAGCUACAACCAAUCUCAAGGUGUUCCAACGGGGAUCUCAUUCCCUCAGAUGCAAGCCGCUGCCUCUCGUUUCCUCGGACGUCUUUGGGCUGGGUCGAACUCCCACAACUCGGUCAAAACCCUGAAUCCCAAUCAGGGUUACUCACGUCCUGCCAGCGUCAUUCGCCGCUCGACCUCGAAGCAGAGUCUCACCUCAACACUGAACUCGGUGGAGUCGACGUCCGACGCCAGCACGGCCCCAACCGAGCUGUCAGCAACCCCAAAUAGCGAUCAAAGGUCACGAAAGUCCAACAUGUCUUCCCAUCAUAAAGACCGCGACCUUCACACUCAAAUCGAGGAUCUGUUGAUGGCACUGGGCGAUCUCCAACGGCAGCACGCCGAUCUCACGCGGGACCUGCAACAGGAGCGGGAGGAACGUGAAGAAGAUCACUCUUUGGCCAGGGAGAUGCUUCAAUUUAUCCGAGAGCAAUCGGCUGAAGCGCAGCCACUGGACUUGAUUACCAGGGCUCAAGAUCGCUUCUCGGUGGAUGCCAAUGAACACCAACGGUCGUCUGUUUAUCAAACCAAACACCAGUUGCACGAUGACAUGGUUAGAUGGAAACAGAUGCACGAGGUCGAAGCAAGCCGUUGUCUAGACCUGACCCGACGCAUGGAUGACUUUGAAAAGGAGAACAACUCACUCAAGGAGCAAUUACGAGAGGCACGCAGUCGGAUCCAAGACGGCUACCGGGACCGCCAAAGAUUGGAGCGACUAAACAAGGAACUACGAGUGCUUAAGAUGCCCGAAGCAGUCACUCCCCCGGAUAGCGCGUUCGCGUCCCCAGAGAAUGAGACGCCUUCUCCCUCGGGAGGUCUCCGUGAGCUCAGACUGGUGCGGACCAAUUCUCACAAAUCACCGCCCAGCGCUCAGAAGCCCCCGGUCUUCAACAAGCGGUCCAGUAGCUUAGGUCUACAGAAUGUGCUGGCAACGGAAAAUCAGAAGCCUGCCGCUGAAGAUUCUCUGCUCCUGGAACUGGUCAAUUCUAAAACUGCCGAGGCCAUAGCAAAGCAAGAGUUGGAGGAAGUCAAAGGAAAAUUAGAGGCUUUACGAAAGAUGAUCAGCAGGCCCGGCGCUCAGCAGGCACCCAAGCUGGAAAAACGCCAUUCCUUCCUGAGUCAAUCGCCAAUUCAAUCGGAUCAUUCACGCGCGUCGGGCUCUUCUGCGAAUGCUGGCGCGGGUGGAGGUGGAUUUUUCAGUGGUUGGGCUCGGCGAGCUCCUGCUACAAACGAGACUCCUUGA